AUGCAAACCAAAGAAGGUUACACGGAGGCACAGAAGGCAGGCGGUGAUGCUACCCGACCUGCCUCUGGGGUGCCUGCGGGAGAGCCCCGGGUCGAAGCGGGCGUUCCUGGGGGCGGGCGGGGGUGGGACUACAAGUCCCAGGCUGCUUUGCGCGCCCGCCAGCCGUGCGGAGCGCCGGGGCUCAGGUCGGCCGAGCCUGGGGCAGGGCCGGGGCGGGAGCCGGCGCGGCUGUGCGGGUACCUGCAGAAGCUGUCCGGUAAGGGCCCGCUGCGCGGCUACCGCAACCGCUGGUUCGUGUUCGACGCGCGCCGCUGCUACCUUUACUACUUCAAGAGCCCGCAGGACGCGCUGCCCCUCGGCCACCUGGACAUCGCAGACGCCUGCUUCAGCUACUCGGGCCCCGACGAGGCGGCCGAGCCCGGCGCCGAGCCGCCCGCGCACUUCCAGGUGCGCAGCGCGGGAGCCGUCACGGUGCUCAAGGCCCCUAAUCGUCAACUCAUGACUUACUGGUUACAAGAACUUCAGCAGAAGAGAUGGGAAUAUUGCAACAGCCUUGACAUGGUAAAGUGGGACAGCAGGACCUCCCCGACUCCUGGAGAUUUUUCUCAGGGUCUCGUGGCCAGAGAUAACACAGAUUUAAUUAACCUGCACUCAAAUGCUUCUGCAGAAAAAGCCAGAAAUGUCCUAGCUGUGGAAGCCGCCCCUGGGGAGCUGGUAGGAGAGCAAGCUGCAAAUCAGCCCACCUCAGGGCCUCCAAAUUCUAUUAACUUCUCUUUUAAACAGUGGGGCACGGAGCUCAGAAAUUCAAUGUCUUCUUUCCGUCCUGGGAGAGGGCAUAAUGAUAGUCGGAGGAGUGUAUUUUACACCAAUGAAGAGUGGGAGCUUCUAGAGCCGAGCCCUAAGGAACUGGAGGAGUCCAUGAUGCAGGAAGAAAGGAAGAAGCAGGUCCCUGAAAGCAACAAAGGAAUAACUGGCUCAGGAUUUCCCUUUGAUUUCGGACGUAUUCCCUAUAAAGGAAAGCGCCCUUUGAAAGAAAUGAUUGGAUCAUACAAAAAUCGCCACAGUAUUGGUGACCCUUCACCUGAGGUGCCAUCAGGCAGUGGCAGCACCAGCAAGCCGGCCUCUGAGAUGCAGCUGCUUGUCCAGAACCAGCAGGAAGAGCUAGAAAGGUUAAGAAAAGACUUAGCCAGUCAGAAGGAGCUCGUGCGGCUGCUGCAGCAGACGGUGCGGUCCUCCCAGUACGACAAGUACUUCACAAGCAGCCGCCUCUGUGACGGGGUCCCGCAGGACACACUGGGGCUUCUGCACCAGAAGGACGACCAGAUUCUGGGCCUCACCAACCAGCUGGAGAGGUUCAACCAGGAGAAGGACAGUCUUCAGCAGGAAGUGAGGAUGCUGAAGAGCAAAGUGGGUGAGCUCAGCGAGCGGCUGGGGAUGCUGAUGGAGACCAUCCAGGCCAAGGACGAGGUCAUCAUGAAGCUCUCCCGGCAGCUCAGCGAGUGCGAGGGCAGCGCGUCCUCCCCGACCUGUGUGCCCGGCUCUCCCGCGGCCGCCCCCGCGGGCCGGGACCAGCUGGAACUGGACUGGCUGAAAGAUAAUCUACAGGGGUACAAAACCCAAAAUAAAUUUCUAAAUAAGGAAAUCUUGGAACUUGCAGCUCUACGGAGAAAUGCAGAAAGAAGAGAGAGAGAUCUGAUGGCAAAGUAUUCUAGCCUGGAAGCCAAGCUCUGCCAGAUAGAAAGCAAAUACUUGAUACUGCUCCAAGAAAUGAAGACCCCAGUUUGCUCAGAAGAACAGGGGCCUGCUCGGGAUGUCAUAGCCCAGCUGCUGGAGGACGCUCUGCAGGUUGAGAGUCCAGAGCAUCCAGAGCAAGCGUUCAUUAAACCUCAUCUUGUCAGUGAAUAUGACAUUUAUGGGUUUAAGACUGUCCCAGAGGAUGACGAGGAAGAGAAGUUGGUCGCCAAAGUCCGGGCAUUGGACCUGAAGACCCUCUACCUCACAGAAAACCAGGAGGUCUCCACUGGGGUCAAGUGGGAAAACUACUUUGCGAGCACAGUGAACAGGGAGAUGACGUGUUCCCCAGAAUUAAAGAACCUGGUCCGUGCGGGCAUCCCACACGAGCACCGUUCCAAGGUGUGGAAGUGGUGUGUGGACCGUCACAUCAAGAAGUUCAAGGACAGCACUCAGCCCGGUUACUUCCAGACUUUGCUUCAGAAGGCGCUGGAGAAACAGAACCCGGCCUCCAAGCAGAUCGAGCUGGACCUGCUGCGGACUCUGCCCAACAACAAGCAUUACUCGUGCCCCACCUCGGAAGGCAUUCAGAAGCUGCGCAACGUCCUGCUCGCCUUCUCCUGGCGGAAUCCAGACAUCGGCUACUGCCAGGGUCUCAACAGAUUGGUGGCCGUGGCCCUCCUGUACCUGGAACAAGAAGAUGCCUUCUGGUGUCUCGUCACCAUAGUGGAAGUUUUCAUGCCUCGAGACUAUUACACAAAGACUCUUUUAGGAUCCCAGGUGGACCAGCGGGUGUUCAGAGACCUCAUGAGCGAGAAGCUGCCUCGACUGCAUGCCCACUUUGAACAGUACAAAGUUGACUACACCCUCAUCACAUUCAACUGGUUCCUGGUGGUGUUUGUGGAUAGCGUCGUCAGCGACAUCCUCUUUAAAAUAUGGGACUCUUUCCUUUAUGAGGGACCAAAGGUUAUCUUCCGCUUUGCCCUGGCACUUUUUAAAUACAAGGAAGAGGAGAUCCUGAAACUUCAGGAUUCAAUGUCCAUAUUCAAGUACCUCCGUUACUUCACACGCACUAUCCUGGAUGCUAGGAAGCUGAUCGGGAUCUCCUUUGGGGACCUGAACCCAUUCCCCCUGCGGCAGAUCCGGAACCGGCGGGCCUACCACUUGGAGAAGGUCCGGCUGGAGCUGACGGAGCUGGAGGCCAUCCGGGAGGACUUCCUGCGCGAACGGGACACCAGCCCGGACAAGGGCGAGCUGGUCAGUGACGAGGAAGAGGACACCUGAGUGCUGCCCCGCGCCCCCGCCCAGGACGCUGCUCUCCUUGCAACCAAAGUGUGCCAAAGGGUGAACUGCAGAGACGCCUGCGCUCGUUCCACAUCCAGAAUGUAACAUCCGGGGUCUCUGGAAGUCUGCUGGGCAGACAUCCAGAGCCGCACUGCACUUUCUCGUUUCCACUCGGGUUUCCUCUGUUUACAGUCAUCUGCCUGCCACGGCCGAUGGCUCCUCCUGUCCCGUCAUGCUUUCCGCCCGAUCGGUACCUCACCGGGCUUAGAGCUGGCUAGUUUCACGAGCCUGUUUAUAGCAUCUGUCAGCUGUGUUGCUGUCUCUGCCCUUAGGAAACCUUCCACGGGCCGUGUGCCUGGUGGUGGCUCCUGUACACAGUGGGCGGUUGUGGGCGCUGGUUUGAAUGGUAGUUGUGGAGGACGCCCACUACGCCUCACACACUCCUGGGCCAGAGUCUAACUGCUUUGGGUGACAUAAGGCUUAUGUGAAAGAAGGGAUUUUCUUAGGAAAGCCAGCACAUCCCUUGUUCAGAAACGGCCUAUGGCAAGCCCACAGACCUCAUGCUGAUGGCUUCAAGGUGCUGGCCGUGCCCCACUUCUGGAAUAGCUUCUGCCCUUUCAUGCACAGCCUUUCAGACAGGAACUCCCAGCCUGCUGGCGGAGGGCCUGGCUCUCCAGACACCCCACGCUCGCUCCUCUGCCUACACCGUUCCAGGCGGCUCCGUGCAGACCCUUUGUUUCCUUCUGAGAGUUGACCCUGGGCUCAUUCUUCACGUGUGGACGGGAUUCCAAGGAAACCCAGCAUCAUCGUCCUACAGAGCAGGCCCGCCUCUGGGCUGGCCUUGGUGGAGGGGAUGCAGGGAGCUGUUCUGGGCGCACUUUCAGGGUGGCAGUGUAGCAGCAGAGUGGUUGCCGUCGGGCAGCUGGAAACUGUGGCUUCCUCGGGAACAGCCAGUGUGCCGGGCUGGGGUCGGGGGAGGCUCCCAGGGCCUGGGGCGAACCUCGUUCGCUUGAGGUCAGAGCUUUAGCGAGCCCUCCCAGGGACAUCCCCUCCCCACGGCCACGCUGAGACAUCCUGUACUCAGCAGCUGUCCCCCUGUGGGGUCCCCACCACCCCCAGUGUGUCGGGCUGCCCAGGCAGUUCUGGGACUUAAAGCAGGACCUUUCUGAAGGCCCAGAAAGAGGCUCUGUGCAAGGAAUAUUGUUUUUGCUUAAUCACUCUGUGGACCAUCCCUGAUGUCUUGGUGUGAGAGACUGUUUUCCUGGACAGUAAUACUCAAAUAGGAAAGAAAAAGUUUUUGGUGGAUUUUUUUUUUUUUACACUACCUGGAAAAAAUUGGAAACAAUCCUUG